AUGAUACUAAAUGCUAAAGAUUUAAAAUAUCUUGAAAAUAAAGGUCCUAAACAAGAAGUUAUUUUUGAAGAAGAAGAUAUCUCUAAGCAAGAAAAUUAUUUGAAACAAGAAAAUGACUCAAAACAAGAAAAUCCUAAAUCAGAAGAUUUAUUAUUUAACUCACUAAAAAAAAUGUUUGCGGACUGUGAAGAUGAUUAUAUUCGCCAAUGUCUAGAACAAGCAGAAGAUGAUAAAUUAAUCAAUGUUGAAAAUCAACUGAUGGAAGGAAAUUACCCAAAAAUUAAGAUCCCAGUUGACCCCGAAAACCCACCGGUUACUGUUAAAACUGGAAAAACCUUUAUGAAUGUAAUUCAAAUUACUAGGUACAAUUUGGGAAGUUAUUUGAGUAGUAACCAAAUAGUUUAUUGUAAAAACAUUGAAGGCCAUUCAGAUCUUUCAUUACAAUUUGAGAAAUUCUUAGACGGAAUAGAAUUUUAUAUUCCAAAAGAAAUGAAAGAUAAAUCUGCGAUAACUUCUAAUCAAUCAUUAAAUCGAUUUUCCAAUUUAUUAAAGGACCUUAUUGAAGUUUUUGAAUGCCCGCCAAAGUUUAUUCAUGCCUUUUAUGAUAAUUCCAAUCUAAUAACAUUCAACGAGGGUAGUGCACUAUUCUUUAAUUUCAAAAUUUAUAUCGAUUUGUAUAAAGCUGAUCCAAAGUUUGAUGCAAUGACAUACUGGUAUACAGUGAUCUGUCAUGCAUUAGCACACAAAUUUGUUGAAGGUCAUAAUUCUGAAUAUCAAUACCACUUUUCAUCUCUUGUGACAAAAUAUAUGAAAAGUUUAGUUAAGAAAAUGAUCUAG